AUGAAUCACCAUUACCCAGACAAUUACCAUGGGUAUGGACAUACUGCUCCCAGCAUGCCCAAUAUAGGAUAUAAUGGAGGCUAUGGAGAUCAGACUGCAAUGGCAAGAAUGGUGCAUCCGAGAGAAGGAUAUCAGAUGUCACCGUACCAACUGAUGCAGCAGUCAGGUGCCAUGUACAGCCAAGGUGGAUUCAUGGGUCAGCAGAGUAACAACCCUUACACCAUGGGCAGUUAUGGGAAUUAUGGGAUGUCAGCAAUGAACCCAUCCAUUAUGAUGGGCAGCAGGCAAGGUGACUUAAGUCGAAUUAACGGGGGCAACAUGGGAAGCCCCUAUUACAGUCCAAGCAUGCCUUCAGAAGCCCACACUACUCCUCACCAUGGAGGACUGAGCAGCCAACCUUCCAGCUACAGUCAUAGUCAAGCAAACCCUCACAUGCAACCGCAGCAGCAGCAACCACCCCAUAUGGGGAUAAUGCAGAACCAGGGCCACCACAGCAUUACUAACCAGCCUAUCCAUGGACAAGCAAGCCAGCAUGCCCACAGUACCGGACACAGCAUGCCACAAGGUGGGCCUCACCAGAAUAGUGGUGGCUAUGCCAGCCAGAGUUCUCCUCACAUGCUGCCCCGAGCACAUCAUGUACCCCAGCACCCAAUGAGGCACACAACAACACAGCAGAAUCCUCAGGAGGUGGCAGACAAUAUUUUGCAGAUGGCAUCAUCUUAUCCGUCAAAUCAAACGGUUCAGGUUCCCCUGAAGAGCCGCCCUGCUCCUUAUCAUAUUCCCCGAUCUCCACAUUAUAGCAUGUCACACGGUGACCACCCUCACAUGUCGCCAACCAGCCCGGUUGCAUCAUGUCAGGCCAGCCCAACACCCUCUUCAGCCAGCGUGAAGUCACCCACGCCAGUUCUAGUACCUAUUCCCAAUCCGAUCCCAUCACCAGGCAUUAGUGGCCUGCGAUCACCCUGCAAUCAAGGCAUGUCACCUUGUGGCACUCAGCGCUCUCCCGCCCACAUGGGCUCAACAUACAGCGGACACAGUCAAGGGGGUCCACCCACGCAGUGUAGCAGUGAUGGCCUGCCGCUUCAUCAUAGGAUGUCUCCUUCCGAUACUCUGCAUUACUCUCCUUGUGGCAUGGCACCAGUACACAGUUAUUCGCCAUUUAGUGUUUCCGGCUCAGUGCACAGGAAUUCUUCAGUGUACUCCCCAUCUUGUGACCCCAACAGCAUAUCGUGUUCAGACCUUCAUCAGCACAGUUACACAAGUCCAGCGUCUUCUAGUCCGUGUUCAAGCAAUCUGUCUUUAACAGGCGCAUCAAAACACAUCAUGGCACAGUCCACCAACUCUCAUCCUUCUGUUUCGUUCCUACACAUGGAUACUAACCCACUGAUGUCGCUACAGAAGCUAGUGAUGCUUCCAGAAACACAGGUAAUUGACCCAAAAAGUGUUGUCAAUGACACCUGCCUCUCUUCCCAACACGAUGAGAGUCCAAAAAACGGUAAUGGCCCAGCAGAACGGCUUGCGGAGAGCUCAUGCCAUUCUGUCGGGUUUCAGGGUCACACUAGCUCUCAUAGAAGCCAUCCACAAAAUAACUAUCAGUCAUUUCAACCAGAAAACACUGAUGCUGGAACUUCAGUCUCGUCCAAUUAUCUGUGUAAUUCUUAUUCAGAUAGUCAGGCACCAAGACAUUCACAAUACAAUGUAGUUAAUAAUUACAGCCACAGGGGUGGCAGUUCAAGAAACACAAAUCCAAAGCAGGGUGGUGAAGCUGAACCUUCCGACCAUGAGUUUGGUAAUCAUAGGGUUGAUUUUAAUGUUGUAGAACAGUCAGCCUGUGACAGAAGUGAGGAAAAAAUAGAGGAAACUCACACCCCCCAGGAGUCAGCAAAGCAAGAAUCCACACACCUUAUGCUUAGUCAGGAUGAGAAUAUUUCAGCUGAUAACCCAGGUCUAGAUGCAGUAUGCAUUACGGAUGCCAAUGUUGAGGCAGGUGAUGCAGAUAAAGACAGUGAAAUGUCUGUAAUGCCUAACAUUUUGCCACUAGAAGAUGCUGAUAUUAAUACAGUGAUAGGGUUUAGAACUGAGAAGGCAGUAGAAAUUGAUAGUCAGAACUCAUUAUAUUCUAAGGAUAGAAAGAUUGGCAAAAUGAAGGACGAUACAAAAUGUUUAAUUGUUCAGUGCCAUUCCCCAAGUGUGCUGUCAGAGAUGCCGAUUGUAAAUAAUGGUUUGUCCAGUACAACGUGUGGUAAUGACGAUGACCUUGAGCAAGAUUGUGGAAAUGGGGUGCACGCAAGAAUACAGAAUGCCUUAAAUUCUUUGGUGAAAGCAAAGCUGGCUAGUGUGAAAAAAAUGUCCCAGUUUGCCCAUGUUACACCUUGCAGUAUCGCUGUUGGUGCUGAUGAACGGGCGGCUUGUGAUAGAUUUGCCUUUCGGCACAAUGGAUUCUGCAGAACACUGAGGACCUCAAAUGUCGUCUGCAGCGGGCGAAAUCGGAAUGACAGCACCGGAAAUGGGGAUUCUGAUGAAAGCUUAGAAAACUUGUCUGAGAAUAGUUUUGGAUUUUCUGAGAGUCCACAAGAUGGGAAUAGGAAAAAACCAGCAAAAGCAGCAAAGCAUAUUGACCACAAGAAGGCAAAUAUGAAUAAUAUGACAAGCACAGUGAAAGUGGGUGAUGGCGGCUCUAAACGAGUAGAACCAGUGACUUCAGGCAGUGGGGAAUGUGUCUCUUACGGGCAUGAAGUUGUCAGUGAUGAUGAUACCUGCUAUUACGAGGGUGUCGACAGUUCUGAUAUUUUUAUAAAUAACUGCAGUAGUGAUGAGUCAGUUGCUUCGGCUGGUGAGGUCAGACAUGGCAGUAACUCGGCUAAAGAAGCAGCUGACGCAACACUUGAAGAACCGGCUUCACUUUCGAUACCUUCUAGUGCCAGUGAAGUACAAGAAGAAGAAGAUAAAACAAAUGAUGAGCAAGACACUAAAUCACCGCCAGAGUCAGAUAAACAGAGCCCUGUUACUGAAGCGGUACUGUCUUCCCCACCUCCAAAAAGAUUACGCCGCUCAUCAGAGCAGAAGGCUCAGACAAAAUGGGACAGUUCGGCAGGUUCCAGAAAAUCUCUAGCCGGCAGUGUUAAUGAAGAAGAUGACACCAUUAUUGAUCUCACAUGUGAUAGCAUACAAGUGACUACAGUGUCUGCCUGCAUUAGACCUGAUCAGACUGCAGCCAACUCAACAAUGAGAAGUUUCCGAGAACGAAAUAAGAAUUCUACUAGGUUCAGACCAUCAAUUUUAGGACACAGACAGGAUGGCAAAUACCCAGUUGUAGUGCUAGAGAAAUCUCCCAUAGCUGGGACACCAUCUGCCGUUGUCAAGCAGGAAAAAGUGGACCACUGUGACCCACUUGAAAGUUCCAGUCCCUUGAGGGACCAGAAAGCAAAUGCAGCAACUCCUGUAAGUUUCAAGGAUUUGGUUACAGAUAAAUCAGAAAACCAAGAGCCCGAGUUCAAAUCUGAAAAUAAUGACUUUGUUAUCACAUUCAAUAAUGCUGAAAAUGACAAAUGUAUUAAAAUGGACUGUGAGGAAGCAGUCGAAGAGAAUGGUGUUAAACCAUCUUCCUCAUUUGAAGCUAUCAGUCAUAAAAACAAAAUGCACAAAAAGAAGCCAUCCAGAAGGAAAGCAGUUAAAAGUAAACAUAAAACCAAAGCACCAGAAAAGAUCAAUAGAGACACUGAAGUCAGAGACUCGUUUAAAUCAAUGAAGUUCAGCAGGACUCUUGAUUUAAUAAAAUCUCGUAAAAAACGAGAACAGCAGUCUGUAGGCCCUUUUAUUCGCGUUGUAGGGAAACAGAGCACUCCAGAUUCUGUUUCCGUGUUUGUGCAACCUGUUCACGAGUCUUCUAAGGGUGUGGGUAGCGGGAAACAUAAACACUCAAAACACAGAAACGCCCACCUGCAUUCUGCUGCAACAACCGUUCACAUGGUAACCAAUUUACCUACAGACAAAGCAGCCAUGAUUUCUUCUUCUCGUACUAUCAGUAACAAUCCGUGGGUGUGUGCUUUUUGUGGCCAUCAAAGCAGCUAUGGGUUUCUGGGGGAUUUAUAUGGGCCAUACUUCAAAGAAAGUGAGGUUCCAAGAGUUGAGAUGAUUGCCGCAGAGGAGAGUAAAAGAACUGAACCUGGUAGAGACCAAAGAAUUUCAGAUUCUUUAGGGGCAAAACUAUCAAAAGAAACAUCUCCGCCGGAUAAGAGAAGUAGCCGUAAAGGAAAGUCACCUUUACAGUUACGGUCUAGUGAGCCCAGCCCAGUACCUCCUGAAGAAGUGUGGGUCCAUGAGGCAUGUGCUAUGUGGGCACCAGGAGUGUACUUAAUAGACAACAAGCUGUUUGGGUUGGAUGAAGCCGUCAGAGAUGCAGAAGAAACGGUUUGUUCAGCAUGUAAAUCAAAAGGUGCAAUGAUAGGGUGUCUCCACAAAGGUUGCUGCAUGAAAUAUCACUUCAUCUGUGCCAUAGACAAAGAUUGUUUUAUGGAUGAAGAGAAACUAUCACUGCUGUGUCCAAAACACAAGGUAGAUUUGAAAAUGAAAAAAAAAAAAGACUUGUCUUUUUCUUUGUGUUUGUUUUCCUGUUGA